AUGGAGGAGGCAAGAAAACAGGAGUUGGCACGAAAGGAAGAGGCGAGAAAAGAGGCACGUGCAAGAAAGCUCAAACAAGCAUGGAAGAUCCUGGACCAAUUGGAGUACCAGGACAAGGAAGCAAUUGCAACGGAGCUAUUGCGGUCCCAGAUGGCAGCACGGCAAGAGUACCUGGAAAAAUGGACUGAGAAUCACGUCCGAGAGUCCAUUGCUCCAAUUAUGCGACGGAUGGACCAGGUGGCCACCAAGUUAUCUGCUAUGGACAACGAACUUACUCAGCUUCUUGGUGGGAUAGAAGAAUUCAGACACAGCCUGUUGCGACGAGCUCAAUCGACGGCACGGCAAUUUGAAUUUAUAAAAAACUCGGGGAGUGUGGAUCCAAUCCUGAGAGAAGCCGGCUAUAAGAUGAGAGAUGUCGCUUCUGUACUGCUUCCACUGUCGACCUUGCAAUCCAUCGCGCUGGACCUGGCCCGGCAGGGGCUAUGGAAUACGAACGUUGCCAAUCCGGCCGGAAGGGAUAUACCGGACUUUUUCAAGGGCACAAAGACAUUCCGUGUCCGACGUGCGAUGAUCGGGAUCCUCUGGGUGCGGCACAAUCUUAUAGAAGAUGCGGCAGUCAUAGAACAGCAACUCCAUCUCCUCCGGAAAAUCAGGACAUCAUACCUUCUGAAUUCAGGCGUCCCCGAGGUUUUCGACUUUGACGCCCGCCAUACGAGGUUUUAUAUGCUCACAACCGAGAUGGUCAGCAACUCAUCCCGAAUCACGGCCCAUUAUCAUCACCUGCAAAUGAUGACCUUUAGUUUUUCUCCAUUCCGGAACCGGGCCGAUUCAAUCCACCACGCUAAACAUCAGUUCCUCCCUCAUAAAGUCCAAGUUGUCUCUCAAGACAUUCACCAUCUCUUCAAAACCAAUUUCUCGGCUCCGAUGGCGAGUGGAAUGAGGACAAAUCUGGCGUUGCAAGAAGCUCAGCUGUCGAACUUCCGAUCCGUCACCAUCUUCAUCAACAGACUGUUGAUAAUUGCCGAGCUGGUAGCCGAAGUCGGGGAUUCUAGCUUUCUUGGGCUAUCAUCGGCUACGUCUGAAGCACUUGCAGUCUCGGCUGACGCAUUGUUUGCCGCCAGACGCGAGCUGUUCAAUUUACGCGACCUUGCGAUGUUGUGGAGGGGAACUUCCGACAUGUAUCUGGGGAUCAUCCACCGUCCGCGGCAGAAGAGUGCCCUGAUGCUGUUUGUUGACCCUCCUGCAAGCGCAUCAGCUUUGCCUCGACCGAGUGGGAAGUUUCUGCCCACCGUUACCGAGUACAUUCCUCCAUGGCAGAGGAACGCACAUCUCUACCCUCAUCCGGACUCAGCAAUACCGGUCCACUUCAUUACUGAUCCCGACAAGGCUGCCGUCAUCUUGCACCGCUUCUCCCGUUGCGAAGUCCUGGGAAUUGACACCAUAACAAUGGCAGGGACUAAGGGAAUCCAUACUGGGUCGUCGCCGGUCGAGUAUCUAAUCCUCGCACGGCAAAGGGAAGUGGCAAUAUUCGCCCUGGGUGUUAUGAACCCAGCUGCUGUAAUGCACUCUCGAUGUUUCAGGCAUACACUCGGUAAUCCUGCAAUCUUGAAAGUUGGCGUCAAUCCCGACUUCCAGCGACAUAUGCUGGAGGACCACUUUGGCAUUGAAUUGCUCGAGUUCCAUGCGUUGGAUGAACCCCCUGAACGACUUCAUGACCGUGGUAGUUUAGACGACCCCAACUUUGGCAUCAUCUCAUCAAUGGUGGCCCAAAGCUUUGGCACUCCUCUGCCACAUCUUGAUCUGACCCGUGCUAUUCGCGAAGUGGGUACAAAAGACCCCGGCGGGUUCUUCACACAUCUCGCCUCCCGAGCCUAUGCUGCUUUGCAGCUGUAUCACCUUGCCUGCGGAAAGUUGCAGCUUGAUAACCCUACAGCGGUGGCUCAGCAAUCUCAUCCCUUUGCUGCCUUUGGACCUGUCCAACUUCACGCACAUGGGGAAAAGAAAAGCCACCGAGAUCAGAGAUUUCUUGGUCGAUCACCGCCGCUGAGACACCCAAAUGGCUCAUAUUUGGUAGACCUUGCUCACACCAUGGCUCGGAAGACCUUUGAGUCCAACAGAUGCUUUCAUGAGCUGAAGCGAAUGUCUAGGCGGAUGAGGCCAGCAGUCGUUGAAGAUGUUUUGUCAAGCCUCCGCGCGUACUUUCUCUUCACGUCGUUUAGCCAGAAUCUCCGGACGCUCGAGGGCUGGGGUGUCCGACACCCGGCCUCGACAAUACAUGCCAUCGCCGAGAAAGCCCAACUGCCCCUCCAUCAGGAAGACCGUAUAACUUUGGAUAUGGUCAGGCGGCGGGAGUCGGUAAGCUCAACCCCUGAGUGGAUGUUGCCGCCUAGUAUCAAGCCACAGCCUGAGACAAAACCUGCUGUGCUUACAGAAAGGAAAUCUGUCAAGGCCAGACAUGCGGUUUCAAGCAGGGUGGACAGUCGUAUGCCGAACCGUACUACCGAACCUGGCACUGUGGCCAGCAGGAGGACCAGAAAGAGCCUGACCUCUCGAAAGCCAAAGAAGCACAUCUCUCCAGCAGUUGGAACCCCCAGCGGGCGCUCGGCGUCUAAGGUGCGUGCGACAGCCGAGCAGAAUUCCGAGUUGGACAAAAUCGAGACAUUUUACCGCAGCCUCAACUCGACCACAGCAACCUCGAAAGCCGAGCGGGUUUCCGGUGAUGUUACUGGAAAAGCCGAUCAGCGAGAGAAUCGCAACACCAGCACCGACGUGGCAACUGAAUCUAAUUACAGACCACCGACGCGUAGCGGAGCCGUCAGAAGAUACAAGACUACUCGCGAUGACCGCCGUGGCAAUGGUCGGUAG